AUGGCGCCGGCGUUCUCGGCGCAUGUCCCCGCUCUACGACGUGGAGCACUGCGCGUGCGGUGGGUCACGGCGGCGCUGUUCUCAUCGGGGAUUCUCGCUGGCAACAAGCCGGUUCUGGUGCGGGACUUCGUGAGGUCAGCGCUGUACGAUCCCAACCAUGGCUACUUCUCCAAGCUGGCGGGGCCGGUGGGGGUUCUUGACGCCAGUAUCCGCUUCAACCAGCUCGAGGGGAGGAGUGCGUAUAUACAGCACCUUGAUAAACUGUAUAAGAAGCAUGAUAUCGCUUGGUUUACUCCCGUGGAGCUCUUUAAGCCAUGGUAUGCCUAUGCAAUAGCAGCAUCGAUUCUGCGUACAGCAAAUCUUUCAGUCCCAUUGAAGAUAUAUGAGAUUGGUGGUGGCUCUGGAACAUGCGCAAAGUGUAUACUUGAUUACAUGAUGCUGAAUGCACCACCAAAAGUCUACAAUGAUAUGAAAUAUAUCUCAGUAGAGAUUAGCUCCUCUCUUGCUGAGAAGCAAUUGGAAACUGUUGGUGAAGUGCAAAGCCAUUUGUCAAAGUUUACGGUGGAGCACCGGGAUGCAAUUAACAGACCUGGAUGGGGCCGCAAGGAUCCUCUUCCAUGUUGGGUGCUAAUGCUUGAGGUACUUGACAAUCUACCACAUGACCUUGUCUAUUCACCAGAUCAGGUCUCUCCAUGGAUGGAAGUGUGGAUUGAAAAAGUAAAUGAAAGUUCACAAGCCUCUGAAGUCUAUAAGCCACUACAAGACCCAUUAAUUUCCCGCUGUGUUGACAUUAUUGGCAUGAAUGAAGACAAAGCUUCUGUCAGUGAAAAACUAGCAUUUGCUGCAAAAGGAGUCCUAUCAAAAGUAUUCCCGAAGCCUCGUAGAGCUUGGUUGCCGACUGGCUGCUUGAAACUAAUGGAUACUCUACAUCAAGCUUUACCAAGUAUGUCCCUUAUUGCUUCAGAUUUCAGCUAUCUUCCAGAUGUUAGCAUACCUGGUGACAGGGCUCCAUUGGUUUCAUCAAAGAAGGAUGGGAAGACAUCAGAUCAUCGCAACUACCUUGAUGCUCAGGGUGACGCGGACAUCUUCUUCCCAACCGAUUUCUGGCUAUUGGAGCAGAUAGACCAUAACUGCUCUGGCUUCUCAAAGGAGCAGAAGAAUCCUGGCGCAUUCAAACCCGUGAAGAAGAGGAGGACGAUCAUACUUGAUACUGCAGCCUUCAUGGAGGAGUUUGGCCUGCCGCUGAAGACAAGGACCAAAGACGGGUAUAAUCCGCUUCUCGACGAUUUCAAGAACACAAAGUUCUAUCUCAGCGUCCCUACACACAACGUUCCUACCCACAACAGGAAGUAA